GCAGCAGCAGCAGCAGCAGCAGCAGCAGCACGGAGCUGGUCGAGCCCCAGGAUGAGAGCCGUGGUGGUGGCCCUCGCCCUGCUGUCCCUGACGGGCACCCAGGCCCGCUACUUCUGGCAGCACGAUGAGCCGCAGGAGCCGCUGGACCGCCUCCGGGACAUGCUGGACGUCUACCUGGAGACGCUGAAGGCCAGCAGCAAGGAUGCCAUCGCCCAGUUCGAGGCCUCCGCCGUGGGCAAGCAGCUCGACCUGAAGCUGGCCGACAACCUGGACACGCUGAGCGCGGCCGCGGCCAAGCUGCGCGAGGACAUGGCGCCCUACUACAAGGAGAUGCGGGAGAUGUGGCAGAAGGACACGGAGGCCCUGCGCAAGGAGCUGAGCAAGGACCUGGAGGAGGUGAAGGAGAAGAUCCGGCCCUUUCUGGACCGCUUCUCGCAGAAGUGGACGGAGGAGGUGGAGCAGUACCGCCAGCGCCUGGAGCCCGUGGCCCAGGAGUUCAAGGAGCUCACCAAGCAGAAGCUGGAGCUGAUCCAGGAGAAGCUGACGCCGGUGGCCGAGGAGGCGCGGGACCGCCUGCGCGGGCACGUGGAGGAGCUGCGCAAGAACCUGGCGCCCUACAGCGACGAGCUGCGGCAGAAGCUCAGCCAGAAGCUGGAGGAGAUCCGGGAGAAGGGCAUCCCCCAGGCCGCCGAGUACCAGGCCAAGGCGGUGGAGCAGCUCAGCAACUUCCGCGAGAAGGUGACGCCCCUGGUGCAGGACCUCAAGGAGCGCCUCACCCCCUACGCCGAGAACCUCAAGUCCCGCUUCCUCAGCCUCCUGGACGACCUCCAGAAGAGCGUGGCCUGAGCCGCCGGCCGGCGCGGCCGCCCCCAGCCCUGCCCGGAGCGUCGCGCCCGGGGAAGGGGGGGACCGGCCCCGGGCGCUCCUCCGCGGGGACCCCUGUCCUCCUCCCCCAGCCGGGGUCUGCCUCAGCUUUGCCUUUCUCUUGUCAAAUAAACACGACUUAAGUUA